AUGGUGAAGGCUUUCCAGCACCGCAAAUUUUUCUGUGUGGACCCAACCACACCAUCUUGUAGAAAGGGAUUCCUUACACACGCAGGAUUUACUCAACACUGUAAUGCAGUUCAUAAUGUUCCUGCAUGUCCAUCACGCCUACCUCAGCAUCCAUUUAUACCUAAUAGACACCUUCAUCCACAACCGCUGGACGCAAUACAUAAUCCAGAAGUUCAUGAUGAGCCUGAUGGACCUUAUUUCAUACAGCAUCCAGUACUUGAUGGUACGCCCUGUGAUGAAGAUGGAAAUGACCUUCUUGAAGGUACAGACCCGCCUCCUGUACAAGAUGAGCAUCCAGACAUGCCAUGGUAUCCCUUCCAAGGACGAGAUCGCUUCGAGCUUGCAGAUUUGAUUUUUUGUCGAAACAAGAUGUCCAAGAAUGAGUUCAACAACCUUAUGCAUAUCUGGGCCAACAUUGAGGGUCGCUCUCCUCCAUUUCGAAAUGUGAAAGAGCUGCAUGAUGUCAUUGAUUCUAUACCCUACGGUGAUGCACCUUGGCAGAACUUCACUAUAUGCCACACAGAUGCAGAUCAGUUGCAACCUGAUGAUCCCUCUGUACCUCCGUGGAAGCUGGCUGAGUAUGAAGUUUGGUUUCACAACCCCAGGGACGUUCUAAGAAACCAGUUAUCCAAUCCCAACUUCAAGGAUCACAUCGACUAUGCACCAAAGCAAGUCUUUGGUGAACACAAUCAGCGUGUUUGGAGUGAUUUCAUGUCAGGGAACUGGGCAUGGAAUCAAUGUAACAUCGUUGCUGAGGAUGAAGACUGUCAUGGUGCAAUGUUUGUGCCAGUCAUCCUAGGCAGUGACAAAACUACUGUCUCAGUCGCCACCGGCAAUAAUGAAUACUACCCUCUUUACAUUUCAACUGGCAAUGUUCAUAACUCAAUAAGACAUAGCCAUCGGGAAGCUGUCAGCAUUGUUGGAUUUCUUUCAAUACCAAAAUGUGACAAGGAUUACCAUGAAGACAAAGAAUUCAAAACAUUCAGACGUCAUCUUUUUCACAAAUCUAUAGAAGCCAUUCUUGAGCCUUUAUGUCCCUCAAUGUCAAAACCAGAGAUAACAAGAUGUCCUGAUGGACACUUCAGAAGGGUAAUAUACGGCAUUGGGCCUUACAUUGCCAAUUAUCCAGAACAAUGUUUAUUGGCAUCUAUAGUUCAACAGUGGUGUGCCAAGUGUACUGCAAGAAGAAAACACUUUGAUGAAGAAGACAUCAUGAUUACUCCUAGAAGCCACUGUCUUACCAAAGCUUUGAUAGAAGCUUUGACAUCUGGAGAGCUUUGGGAGGAAUAUGGAAUCGCAGACAAUAUUUUGCCCUUUACCGCUUCAUUUCCUCAAGCUGAUAUUCAUGAGCUGCUCGCACCUGAUCUAUUACACCAGGUAAUCAAGGGUGCUUUUGAAGAUCACCUAGUAGAAAUCACUUAUGGCAAAAGACGUUCAAAGAAAAUAUUAGCUGAGAUUGAUAGAAGAAUUGCAAUUGUACCAUCUUUUCCUGGCCUUCGACGUUUUCCCCAAGGGCGUGACUUCAAUCAGUGGACUGGAGAUGAUUCGAAGGCGCUGAUGAAAGUGUACCUUGCAGCAAUCAGUGGUCUAAUACCAGAUCAGAUGGUUCACACAAUUGCAGUUUUCAUGGAUUUCUGUUAUAUUGUCAGGUGUCCUUAUCUUGAUGAGGCUGAUCUAGCUGCCUUGGAUGACUCGCUACAGCAUUUCUAUCAGGACCGCUCAAUUUUUGAGGAGACAGGUGUCUGCCCAAACAGAAUAUCCCUUCCACAUCAGCAUGCCCUGAAGCAUUACCACCAGCUGAUUAUCCUAUUCGGAGCACCUAACGGACUUUGUUCAUCAAUAACCAAGUCAAAACACAUUGAUGCUGUGAAGGAACCAUGGCGUCGUUCAAGUCAGAAUCAACCUCUUGGAGAAAUAUUGCUGAUCAAUCAGAGGCAGGAUAAGUUGGCGAUGUUUCAUGUCAUACAUCUUGCACGUCAUCUUAUGGACACACCCCUGCUUCCUCCUUCUAUUCAGCCAAUCCCAUCACGAGAUGAUUCAAACAUCUGUGAUGCGGAGGCUGCAGAUGGUCCAACAACCAAUUCAACAGUAAUUCUGGCCAAGACUGCUGAGCAUAAUUACCCAGAUCAUUUGCCAGAGCUUGGUGACCAUAUUGGCUAUCCACAGCUUGUUGAACUUGUGCAGCAUUUUCUCUAUGAUCAACGCAAUCCAAAUGCACUCAUAUCUGGAAGCAAUGUGGAUCUCUCUCUUUGCCCAGAAUUCCAUGGCAAGGUUCAAGUUUUCCACUUGGCAGUCGCAUGCUUUUGGGCACCAAGUGACUUAUGUGGAGUUGGUGGUAUGCACCGGGAGCGUAUUUGUGCAACACCUUCUUGGCGCAAUGGCCCUGCACGCCAUGACUGCAUCUUUCUUGAAAAUAAUCCUACCCUACCAGGAUUUCAGGGAUUGUAUGUUGCCCAAGUUGUGGGAGAUUCUCCUUGUCCAAGGACUCAUAUGUGGAUUGUAGCACCUGAAUUUGAUGAUGACUCUCGCCUUAUUUCAAUUGUUCAUUUAGAUAGCAUCAUGAGACCUGCAGAUCUUAUUCCUGUGUAUGGACCUCAGAAUAUUGACCGUGAUUUACUACAUACUGAUUCUUUGUCUGCUUUUGCCUCAUUUUAUGUUAACAAAUACUCUGACUACCAUGCAUUUGAAAUAGCAUACUAA